GGAAGAUGGCGGCGCGCAGGCCGGAGGACGCACGUGUUCACGCGGAGGGGGCCCGGCGCUGACGGGGUGAUGACGGCGUCUUCUCUGGUGAGGGACUGAGAAUCGGGACUCUUGUCUCACCAUGAGCGUCACCCCAGAGGUCAAGAGUCAUGGGAUGAAGUUUGCUGAGAAGCAGCUGCUGAAGCAUGGAUGGACGCAAGGCAAAGGCCUGGGCCGGAAGGAGAAUGGCAUCACUCAGGCCCUCAAGGUGACACUGAAGCAGGACACUCAUGGGGUGGGACAUGACCCUGCCAAGGAGUUCACAGACCACUGGUGGAAUGAGCUCUUCAACAAGACUGCAGCCGGCCUGGUAGUGGAAACCGGGCAGGAUGGAGUACGGCUGAGGCACCUCUCUAAGGAGACCACCCGCUGUGGUCGUCCCAAGCCCAACGUGCUGUAUCAGAAGUUCGUGAAGAUGGCCACACUGACGUCAAGUGGGGAGAAGCCAGACAAGGACUUAGAGAGUCACAGUGAUGACGGCAACCGGGGACCCAAGCCUCCGAAGAUUCUGACCGAUGAGAUGCUGCUCCAGGCCUGCGAAGGGCGCACGGCACACAAGGCCGCUCGUCUCGGGAUCACCAUGAAGGCUAAGCUUGCCCGGUUGGAGGCCCAGGAGCAGGCGUUCCUGGCUCGACUCAAAGGCCAGGACCCUGGGACCCCUCACCCGCAGUCUGAGAGCAAGCCCCCGAAAAAAAAGAAGAAGAAAAAGAAGCAGAAAGAGAGAGAUGCCAUAGCAACAGUCAGGAGAGCCGAAGAGUGUGGGGGAGACGCAAGCCAGGCUGACGGGAGAAGCAGGAAGAAGACCAGACGGAAGCCAGAAGCCCUGGUGGCAGAGGAGAAGGAGGGAGCGGCGGUGGGGAGUGCGGACAGGGGGGCCGCAGGGGUGAGUGGACCCGGAGAGCAGGAGAGCAGGGAACGAGCUGAUGAGCGCCACAGGAAGAGAAAGAGGAGGCAGCACCGCGCAGAGGAGCCGGGGGUCCCAGAUGGAGGGGCCCAAGGUCAGGAGGCUGAAGCCAGCGCUGGGACAGAGCAGGCAGAGAGCGGCACAUGUGCCAAGCUGCGGCGCAGACACAAGAGACGGCAGCGGCCAGAGGGGGACGCGAAUGCAGAGGACGCGGUGGAGGGGGCUGCUGUGGACGGUGGGGCCCGGGAAGCAGCAAGCAGAGCGCACAGGGAGGGGAAGAGCAGGAAAAGCAAGAAGAGAAGACCACGGCCCCAGGAGGAGGAGGAGGAGGAGGAUGUAAGGGAUGAAGGGGAUGAGGAGGCUGGGAGCGGGGCUCAUACCGGCCCAGGCAGCCGAGGCGAGAGGAGGCCGCAGGGACGAGCUCCUGCAGUCAGCGAUGACCAGACAGUGAGACGGAAGCAGAAGAGAGUGUGAAGGUCAGGCCAGUGUCGGACCUGAGUUGACUGGGUCUCCUGCGCCCUCCAGAGGAGGAGUCGGACCAGUGAACUCCCAGCUGCUCGGAGCUGGGUGUGGGCAGACAUGGCCACUGCAGACGCAGCCCACAGGCCGCCGGCCCCCCAGACGAGAGUAAACGACUCCGCGCCA